AUGAGAAAAGGCGCUACUGUGCGUCGUAAGCUAGCGCGUCUUUUCGUCGUUGUCUCUCGUUGCGAACUCCCGCUUUUCACCUUCCGUCUCUCCUUCUUCUGUGGUGUGCUUCGAUUGAAUAGGUUGCACCUAUGGCAGCCGAUGAAUGAGUACGCAGAGCAGCUUUUAUACAACCUUGAUGUUGUAGUUGGCCUGAAAACUACAGUAGAAAGUAUAAUUUCGCCUAGUUGGCUCCUAAAAAAAAAUUUGGAAUUUGACUAUGAUUUCUAUAAAUUUCCUUAUAAUGCUGACCAUGUGGAGCUCUAUCAAAAUCUUAUAAAUCAACCACAGAUUAAAGCAUCGCUAAACACUCUUGAUAAAUUGCUUUCUAACUCUGUAGCAAACCGUGUUAAAUGUACGGCUCCAUUAUGUCGAAUCUGUUUAAGCGAACUUAAUCAGAAGGAAACUGUCUGCAGGCAUGCCAAAAUAUGCAUUUUAUUUUCAGGCGGCAUAGAUUGUACCAUCUUGGCCUUACUUGCCAACAAAUUUGUGCCCUAUAAUGAGCCGAUUGAACUUAUUAAUGUUGCCUUCGAAAGCCUUAGCGGUCAAAACGUAUCUGAGAAGCUUUGGGAUGUACCUGACCGCAGAACUUCUCUUAUGUCUGUCAACGAAUUAAAGCGAAUAUGUCCUGAGCGGUUCUGGAAUUUGCUGGAAGUUAAUGUCACCCGCGAGGAGUUAAAAACACAACUUUCAACGCGUAUAAAAAAUCUCAUAUAUCCACUUCAGACAAUCUUGGAUGAGAGUUUGGGAUGUGCCUACUGGUUUGCUUCAAAUUGCCCAAAUUCAACUGCCCGAGUGGCCCUGAUAGGUAGUGGAGCAGAUGAGUUAUUUGGUGGAUAUUGCCGUCAUCGAAAUGCAUAUAGGCGUUGCCUAGGAACCAAUUCGGAGCGCCAACUUUCUGUGCAAAGCGAGCUUGAUGUUGACUGGCAACGAAUACCGGCCCGGAACUUGGCCAGAGAUGAUCGAGUUAUUGCAGACAAUGGCAAAACAGCGCGUUCACCAUUCAUCGAGGAGAACAUUGUUCAAUUUCUUAGAUCUUUAGAACCGUUCCAAAAAUGUUGCUUUAGUUUUCCCGAGGGUGUAGGAGAUAAGUUGCUUCUAAGGCUGUACGGCUAUAAAAUCGGUCUGCGAGACGUGGCUUUGUUAAAAAAAAGAGCAAUACAGUUUGGUUCCAGAAUUGCUAACAAAAGGGAAAAUGCUUCAGCUCAGUCUGAACAUCUUAAAUGUAAUACUUAAUUUUUUGAUGCCUGAAAUUAUUUUAAUAAAAUUACACGUGUUCCAAUUUACUCACGUUAAAAAACAUUUUA